GUUUAGGAUGAAGGACAUAGCGCGAAGAAAGGCGUGGUUGUACAAGCAUUCAAAACAUCGCUUAUGUUGUAUUUAAUCUUUUAAAAUGUUUAUAUUAGUAUUUCUUCUAUCACUGUUAUUUUCGACAAUUUCAUGUGAAUUAUGGUGCUAUAGCUGUGUAAGCUCGCAACCAGGCUGCGAAGAGUUUUAUGUUGACUGGAGAAUACAUAGUGCAAUCACCUGUCCUCGAGAUGAUGAUAAAUGCGUUAAGGUGAUUGAAAGAAAAGGAGUUGAUAAGUUCAUUACCAGAGAUUGUUUAUCCAAUUUGGAAAGCCAGAAGAAGGAUAUUCCUGCUGAUAGAUAUGAUGGCUGUAGAAAAGCUGCUGAACAACCUAAGCUUUCUGUAUACGUUGAAAAUCACAUUUCACAGCUUGAAAUCAAAAAUGUACACUAUGAUGAAGUUACAUAUUGCUUCUGCGAGUAUGACCAGUGGUGUAAUGAUGGAUACAAGUUGAAGUCUGGUGUUUCUUGUUUCAUUUUGGAAGCUCUAUUCCUUGUAACAAUAUUUUUCUCACGUAGGUUAUUUUGAGCAGUGUAGUAAAUUUAAUUACUUAGGAAUUUACACUAUGGUUUUUUUUUUUUUUUUUUUUAUUGGAUAUUUAUUUUAUUAUUGGUAGCUUUUUCUUUUUUGAAAAAUGUUGUUAUCGGAAAAUAUUAUUAUUAUUCUUUUUUUUCUUUUUUGCAUUCUACAUGAACACGUUAAGAAUUGAAAUUAAAAAGUAACCUCAAUUUAUUUUUCUUCUUUUGCCAAUUAUUGUAGAAUUAAAAUGUUAACAUACAUCAAAUGAUGGGAAUAUUGAGCCAUUAUAAAAAUGCUUCCAAUAUUUAUGAAACAUAUAACAUGAAAUACAAUAUUCGCUGUAAAACUAUACUUAUGCUAAAUUGGUGCAUUUUAUUGUAUGCUAAUCAUCUAUAAUCAAUAGAUAUACAUGCUAAUGUUUUUUUAUUAAUUUAGUUUGAAAUGAAUUCCGUCCAUUUUGUCUUUCAAUCAUUUUGAUAACAUGAAAAAUUGUUAAAUAUGCUGUGCAUGCUGUUGCUGGAUGUAAGAGUUGAUUUUUAUACCUUGAAGUUGUAUUGCAUUUUGUAUUGUUAUUUAUGUAUAUUGGUUGAUGGUUUUGGCUUUUUUUUAAUGUUUAAAGGGAGAAGGUCUUUAUAUCCAUGUUGUCUUUUAAAGCAUAUUUUAAAAUCAUAUUCAUCUAUGUAA